CACCCAAGAAACCACCAUCCCUUCAUUCUUAUGCCCUUUCUUAUGUCAAUCUGCAUCCCAAUUCCAUCGUACAAUCUCUUUAUACACGAUCAAUUUGAGGAUGGAUUACUAUAAGGUGCUCGGUUUGAGUAGGGACGCUACCAAAGACGAAAUCAAAGAAGCAUUUAGGGAUAUAGCAAAGAAAUUCCACCCGGAUAAGCACUCUGCAUCUCCCAAAUCCGUCAGGGAUGGUGCCACCGUCCGAUUUAAGCAGGCAUCCGAGGCUUACGAGGUUUUAGUCGAUGAUCACAAGCGCGCUGAUUAUAAUUUCCGUUCUAAUUUUAGCAAUCAGGGUGCUAGAAGUGGUUCCGGGUACGGGUAUGGGUACGGAUACACGUAUGAUAGCAGGAAGAACAACGAUUACUAUGGUAGCAAGAAGGCAACUGUUUCUAGGUUUCAGAUUGCUCUUGGAUACAUAAACAGUCGUGCGUUUCUUCUCAAUGUCGCUUUUGCUGGGGCUAUAUUGAGUGGUCUAGCUGUCGUUGAAAUAGGCAGAGAUGCAAUCUGGAAGAUGCAGAAUCCAGGUAAAUCGUUUGAAGAAGCAAUGGAAUCUAUACAGAAGACAAAAACGGUUAAGGAAAAGGAAUAACGGGGCGCCACACUUUCCAGGUUGUAUGGAAGUACCAUGGAUGAAUACACAAUUCAACAGUGCUGAAAUAGUGUAGAUACAAGAGUAGUAUAUAAUCAGAGAGAUAGAAACUCAAGCCAAAAGGAGUUCUGUUGUUUGCAAAGAAGAAGCCAAUUCAGAGUCAUUCAUCCCGUAAUAAGGAAGUCAUGGCUAAACAAACAUCUGGAUGAUGUUUCAUAUACAAAAUGAAAUAAACACCAAUACUAGCUACAAUCAUGAACUUUUGUCCGAUAGCUGGUUUGUUCAUGUUGGUUUUGGUUUAUUGCGUAUAUUCCCUUCAUGAAUCUAGUCUUUUCGAUUGCUUUUCAGCGAUGAUGACUGUACUUUCUUGAACUGACCAAAGAGUUACGAUUUCGAAGCUCUUUUAGGAUACUGUAUAAUUCGAAAAAAGUUGCAUCAAUUUAUCCAAUGCUUGAGG